CCCUUCAAUUGUCGGACUCAAGUACAUAACUGAGACAACCUUCUCGUGCCCAUUUGUGUUUGAGAGGCCACUCCGUUUCAUAACUGUAGUGGCCAUCAGGUCUGAGAAGACGCGAGUGAUGGCACUAUCAGAGAACGAGCACCAGCAAGGCCUUUUUCUAUGUUCUGCAUUGCUUGGUCCGUUUGAAGUCUCGGCCACGACUCGGUCCAUUCAAAGGUAACAAACAGCGUGAGAGCCUCAAAGGCUACGUACGGGUGGCCCCGUCACUUGGACCAUGACAACCACCAAACAAUCAUGCCUUUGACCUCAGUUGAAGAUGGCCGUCGAGGUUUGGCAACCGAAUACAAUGGCUUGUAUAAUAUGAUGCUCUUCGACGUCCACCAUCUUGAGCUACUAACAGUCGCUUCCACCACAACUCGUCCUCAGCCUCUCAACCACCCUGACGAACCAAGAUGAUCAAGACCCUUGUCCUCGCUGUGAUCGGCCCUCACGGAGCCGGCAAGACCUCCUUCAUCCACUCCGUAACAGACUGCGAGCCCGUAACUCUGCCUCAAAGCCCUGCUCUCAUCGAAGACGGCCACAUCCGGUACGAACCUCCCGGCGUUCCCGAGGUCUCCUUGCACCGCUGCAACUUCCCACCCGGACAGACGCCGUUCAUCCUGGUGGACACCCCGGGCCUCUGCGCCCGCCCACACAACAUCCCGGACUGCGAGACGAUCGACCUCGUUAAGGCCCGGCUCGACCGCGCCGGCGUCCGGCUCCACGGCGUCAUCUACCUCCAGUGCAUCAUGGAGGCGACCAGCGCCGACUUUGCUGUCCGUAACCUCGGCCGGUUCCGAGAGGUGUUCCAGUCGGACGAGUUUCGGCACGUCGUGGUGGCGACCACCUUUUGGGACGUCUCGCCUAAACUCGAGCCCAAGAGCGACGAGUUUUUCCUGGGUGAGUUUCGCCGCCUGGGCGCCUCCAUGCAGAUGGAGCACCAGACGGCACGGCUGUACAACGAUCUCCACUCCAGCGCUGCUCUCUUGGAGAGCAUCCGGCGCGCGUCGACCUUCUACCCAUUCUGGAUUCUCGAACCCGGUGACGAGCCGGUCGCAGACAGCCCGGAGUCCGGGGAGGGUAUCCUCGUGAACAGCAAGUGCUGUACGAUGUGAGUGUUUCAAAAGAUGUCGUCGGGUGUGAUUUUGGGAGAAUAUCGGAGGUAGGCCUUUGGGAAUGCUAUCUCAGUCAACCGGACUUACGUUGAUCACGGGAUUGCAAGCUCUACCAGGCAAAUACCGCACAAUCCCUUGGGACAACCUCCCGUUGUGGCGUUCAUUUUGUUCGCUUCUUUAGGAACUUGAUAUUGUUAAAAUAGCGUCAAUUGAGAAAGCCAAGAUACCAAUCCUCAUCUUCAUCGCUCGCCACCCAUGAACGAGCUCAGCCGAGCAUAAGAACCGGCUCAGAGUUGGGCCAUUUACACGGUGAAAGGAGGACAGCAUAUCAGGGGAACUGUGGCGAUGGAGGACAAAAAUGGUUGGUGAUCGACCAGCAUCUGGGACCAAUCAAGCAAGGUACCAACAACAC